UUCUCUAAUUUGCUAAGUUUCCUUUAUAAUGUUUGUUGCAUCUUUCACUUGGUAAAGUAUUUUUUGGGGUAUUUGAAUCCUUUUAGGUAUGCAUCAUUGGUGUAUGGGGUAUGGGAGGAGUCGGCAAAACGACUUUGGUGAAGAAUCUAAACAAUGAGCUCCUAAAGAUUGCUGCGUCGAGCUCCAAACUGUCUUUUGGUGUUGUGAUAUGGGUUACAGUGCCCAAACCGCCAACGGACAUUAGAAAGGUUCAAGCACAAAUUGCCAACAGAUUAAGCCUUAAGGUAGAUAGCGAGGAAAGCGUAGAAACCAUUGCUAGUAGAAUUCAUCAGAGGCUCAAGGAAGUUAUGAGUUUCCUUCUUAUACUUGAUGAUGUUUGGGAAGCUAUAAAUUUGGAUCAUAUAGGUGUGCCCCAACCUGAAGAUUCCCCAAGAAGCAAGGUAAUUAUAACUUCUCGUUUUUUGAAUGUUUGUAGGCAAAUGAGAACAGACGCCGAAAUCAAGGUGUACACAUUUGACGAGGAUGAAUCUUGGCAACUGUUUGUCAAAAAUGCAAGAGAUAAUGCCAAUCUGGAGCAUAUUCAACCAUUUGCAAAGAAAAUUGCAAAGCAGUGUGAUGGAUUACCUUUAGCAAUCACUGUUAUCGCAGCCUCUAUGAGAGGGCAGGAAAGGGUCGAGCUAUGGAAAGGUACUUUGGAAUCACUUAGAAUGUCCAAACCUAAUAAAGAUUUUGAAAAUAUGGUUUACAAGGUCAUCAAGUGGAGUUUUGAUUCUUUAGAAUCUCAGGGUAUUGAAUUGUCCUCAGAGCAAACAAGCAAACAUGUGAACAAAAGGGGAGGUGACAUUCAAAAUUGUUUCUUGUAUUGCUCUUUAUAUCCAGUGGCUGUUUCAACAGAUGAUCUCAUACAUUGUUGGUGGACAGAGGGGCUCCUUGGUGAACAUGACACAUACGAAGAAGCCUACAACAGGGGAAUCACAGUGAUUGAGAGUUUAAAAGAUGCCUGCUUGCUGGAAACCCAUGGGGGGUUGGAUUCGGUUAAGAUGCAUGCCAUGGUUCGUAAUGUUGCUAUAUGGAUAGCUAAUUCAUUAGGGGAUGAACACAAUUCUCUUAUUCAAGCUGGAAUUGGGUUGACUCAUAUUAAAAUUAUGUCAGUUUCUGUCAAGAGAAUAUCUUUCGUAAGCAACAAAAUUGAACGCCUACCUGAUUCUUUCAAGAAAUGCCCAAAAACAACAACUUUACUUCUGCAAGAUAAUAGUCCCCUUCAGAUAAUUCCGCAUGAACUUUUUCAGGCAUUUCCAGCCCUAAGAGUUCUGAAUCUGAGUGGAACUGGUAUUAGAGCACUGCCUUCUUCCAUCAAUAGUUUAUCUCAAUUAAAUGCUCUAAUACUGCAAAAUUGCGGCUGGCUGACAGAGUUACCACCUAUUGGUGAUCUUUGCAAUUUGCAAUUGCUCGAUUGUGAUAAUACAAAAUUAAAUUGUCUACCGCAGGGAUUGGACAAGUUGACAAAUCUGAGGCUAUUAAAUAUGCCUGCAACAUAUUUGAAGAGCAUCGGCCAAGGAAUUCUUCCCAAAUUGUCUAGCAUUGAAAUGUUAAAUAUGUUGGAUACCACAUACUUUCAGCCGCCUAGAUGGUACCUAACCCCGCAUCCUUAUCCGGGCACUUUGAGCAAUGUAAGAAAGGAGGGGGACACUCUUCUUGGAUCAUCUACUUUUGAUGAGCUAUCAUAUCUACCCAAUCUGACUUCUCUUUUUGUUAAAUUGGAUAGCUCAUCAAUUUUGAAUAGAGACCACACCUGGAUGUCUAGAUUGGAAAGAUUUCGCAUAGAAGUUGGGGUAGGUCCAAUGGAAGCAAAAUUCAACAAGUCAACAAGGAUGAUUGGCGUGUCGCAGUGUCAAAUUUUCAGUAAGGGAGAGCUCUCAGGCAUGUUGCAGUUUGCUUCAGAUUUAUACUUGAUAAAAUGCAUGGGUCUCAGGAAGUUGAUUGCAUACAACAGUUUUGAUGGACUAAAAUCACUACACAUUGUGAACUGUUCAUGUGAUUUUAAACCAGUGGAAGAAGGGAAUGAACAUUUUGACCCUCUGCCCAAUCUGAAAGAAGGAAAUGAACAUUUUGACCCUCUGCCCAAUCUGGAAUAUCUCCGCCUCGGCUCCUUAUUUAAUUUAAAGAGUGUUUCUGAGUUUGGUCAUUUUCUGGGUACAAGAUUUUCUAAAUUACGCCAACUAGAGAUGGCCGUUUGUCAAAGCUUAACAUGUCUUUUUAACGUUGGUGGAGCUUUUUCUGUACCGAAGCACCUGGAAGAUAUUGGAAUUUCCAAUUGUCGGAUGACACUUGUCAACUCAGAAGUUCCAAGAGUUCGGGAGUUACUGUUGGAAAACUGUCCAAGCUUAGGAACACUGGGCGAGCCAGAGAAUACGUGGGAACACCUGGAGGAACUUAGCUUGACAAAUUGCAACCAAAUAAGGAAGUUGCCUCUCUCUAUUCAAACUUCCAAGAACAUCAAAGUAAUAAGAGGAGCGUCGGAUUGGUGGAGCCAAUUGGAGUGGGAUGACGAUAGCUCCAAGUCAAAGUUAGAGCAUUGCUUCCUACCACUUUAAUACUGACAGAAGGAUCAAAGUUGAGGUUACUUCCACUGCAUUUCAGGAGUGGACUAAGAAGGCAGAGGAAGGAAUUUCCUGCACCAGAGACAGAGUUUCGAGCUAAAGUUAAUCAGUGGAGUUUGCUGUGAUAGUCAGAUGUCCUAAGGGGUAAAAGCUGUGGUACUAUAACACUUGUGUGGUUAUAAAAGCUUCUCGUUAAGGAUAAAAUAGGCAAAAUGAAGAGUUUAAAGUUGAAUUAUUUUCAAUUAUAGAAAUGUGUCAUUCUUUUUUGGACGGACUAAUAAGAAAAGUGUGUUAUUUAAAUUAAAACAGGGGAGUGAUAAUUUUUAAA